CCGGGGCAGCGCCAUGGCGCCCUCCUUCCGGGCAGGGCAGGGCCGCCCGCCGCGGGGCGCCGGGGCCGGCAGGACGACGAGGAAGCCGCUGGUGGAGAAGAAGCGUCGGGCGCGGAUCAACGAGAGCCUGCAGGAGCUGCGGCAGCUGCUGGCCGACAGCGAGUUCCAGGCGAAGCUGGAGAACGCGGAGGUGCUGGAGCUGACGGUGCGGCGGGUGCAGGCCGUGCUGGAGCGCCGCGCCCUGGAGGGAGGGCGGCUGCAGCGUGAGGCCAGCGAGCGCUUCGCCGCCGGGUACAUCCAGUGCAUGCACGAGGUGCACACCUUCGUCUCCAGCUGCCCCGGCAUCGACGCCGCCACGGCCGCGGAGCUGCUCAACCACCUGCUGGAGUCCAUGCCCCUCAGCGAGGGCAGCUGCCCGGACUUGGUCACGGACGCUUUGGCAGAUGCCGCCCUCGGCCCCUGGCCGGGCAGCGAGGCGGUGACCCCCGCGGCCUCCCGGGGGGCCCUGGCCCUCCCCGCCUCGGCCCCCUCGCCCACUCCCGGCGACGAAACCUGCUCCGACUCGGACGAGGCGGAGGCCGAGCCGGGCCAGACCUCCCCCGCUGGACUGGACGCUCCCCCGGGGCACAGCCUGCCUUCCCCCGGCUCACCUAAAUCCAUGUGGAGACCCUGGUAACGGCGGAGCAGGAGGCAACCCCGACCUCCCGCACAGGGGAGCGGCCGGGCGCUGCCGCCCGCGGGCAGCGUGCGGGGCGGGCAGCGUG